AGCCUGCAGUGUUACACUGCGACUCUACGUCUGCUAUGAUAAACAGAUAGCAUCAUUUUUCUCAAGACUUUUAACGGUAUAUUGACAAAUUUCUGAUUUGAACAAGUUCUUCACUCCUCUCGACAAAGAAAAUAAAGAUGAUAUCAAGCUCAACAAAAGCGUUUCUUUGGUCUCUUAUAAUCCUGUCUAUUUGUGGGCAAAUAGUAAAUGGAAAUGACGACAUAUCAAUCUGCAAGAAAAGCUUAGAGACACUAAAGGAUAACGUGGAAGAAUGGAUGGAAACCUGCGUUGAUAAAGAUGGCAAUGACGAUAACACAACUGCAUGCAAGGAAGUAAAACAAUACAACAAAGAAAUGAUGCAAAUGCAAACAGAAAUGUGUUUUUACGAAGAAUUUUAUCCAAAGCCAUAUUUGAUUAUUAUGAGCUUUGAUAAAGUAUACACUGUCGAUUCUAUUACUGGAGAUAUUCAUGUCAGCUCUAUUAAUGGAUCCAGUAAGAAUAAAUUUGACCAUGCAUCAAGAUAUAAUGACAUCGAAAUUGAUGUAGUUGAGAAUGUGCUUUACUACAUUGAUGACAAAGACAUCAAACGAGGAAAUUUUGACUUGACUAGAAACGAAAUUUUUGCGAAAAAUGUUUCUGCUCGUGAUAUUACAGUUGACUGGAUUGGUCGUCGUAUCUUUUACAUUGACUCCACAAACAUUAUCUACCAAAUUUGUUUGAAAAAGAAAAUUACAAGUGUUAUGAGGCUUCAACCAGGCUUACAAUUUUCCAGCAUUGCAUUUGACUCAAAACAUGGGUAUCUAUUCUUGGCAGAAAGUACAGAAGUUUUCUUAUGGUUAUGGAGCAUGACUGCAAAUAAACAUCAUAUUUUUUCAGUUUCAAUUCGGUCAAUAGCACAUGAUCUAACGCUUGACAUGGUCAAAGAGAAAAUUUAUUGGCGAGUUUCAAACGGAAAUGUUUUUUCUUGUGAUUACUACUCCCAUAAUGUAAUUGAUUUUGGAACUUCAGGAGGUCCCAUGGCAAUAUUUGGGGAUUUCAUUUAUAUCAUGACUAAUGUCGGAGGAAGUGUCGUUAGUGUCCAUAACACUACAGAUCAACGUACGAGGCGUAAAUUUUUUCUUCCUGUAAACAACGGUUAUCUUGAUUUGGCUGUAGCUAUACACGGUAUCACUCCUGACUUAAACGCGACAAAAACUUUUCGCUUUCCUUCAUGUGGACCCUACACAUACUAUCGUAAAAUUAAUGGAACAUUGAAUUGCACGUGUAUGGAAGGAUUUUCAGGAGAAUGUAACUCGUGCCAAGCCCCAGCUUUUUCAUCAUGUAAAGAAGCACAAAAAGAUAACAGUUCAACAGAUGGUGCGUACAUGAUAAAGACAAACACCUCACUUGGCUACAGCAAAGUAUUCUGCAAAAAAAUUAUAUCUGGUUGUUUUGGAGAAGGUUGGACACUAGUGAUGAAAAUUGAUGGGAAUAAGAAAACGUUCCAAUAUAAUUCAUCGCUUUGGAGCAACAAGGAGAGUUAUAAGACGGAAAAUGGUGAAACUGGAUUAGGUCAAAAUGAAACAAAACUUCCUACUUACUGGAGCACUCAAAUAAAGAAGAUGUGUGUUGGAAUGAAAGUAAACAGUAAAAUAAAAUUCAUAAGUUUUGAAAUACAAGCUGAGUCCUUAUACGAGCUCAUUGCAGACGGAAAAUAUAGGAAGACCACUUUGAGCCGUAGCCAAUGGUUGACAUUGGUUGAAAAUAGCUCACUUCAACAAUAUUGUGAUAGAGAAGGCUUUAACGUCGUUGGACUACGUGGUGGAGACGCUGAAGUAAAGCUUGGCAUUUUGGGAAAUAAUGAAAACGAAUGUAUUUCACCUGACUCUUUCAUUGGCUUUGGUGGAUCACAUGACUGUAAUUUUUGCGGCGUGAACAGCUGUGGUAAUUUUGUUUCUUGGAGUAGCAAUGACAAAAAUGUUCGAACAAUGGGAUAUAUUUUUAUUGCUUAGUUGUUGCAUUAAAGGCAUUGCUUGAUAUUUUUAUUUUUUAAUUUGUUCAUUCUUUAGAAAUACUGGAAUGAAUAAAGACUGAAUUAACUAAAAUAGAAAAUUCACGAUUUAUAGUCAAUACGUUUAACGCUGUAAAAGUUAUACAUUAUUAAAAUACAGAACAAAAUCUUGGAGCCCAAGAUGUUGCUGUAAAA